AUUUGUGAUUAAAUAUUUUUUUUAUUUCAUUUUUUUUUUUGCCUCCAUUGUGUUUUCUGGGUUGUUACUUGUGUUUGCUUUAAUGCUGAAGUGGGUUCUUCUUGUUUUCUUCCAUUUUUUGGUAUUAAAUCCCAAAGGGGUUUCGAAAAAAGUAGUACCUUUUUUUGGGUAUUUAUUGUGUUUUCUUAGUUGCAAUGUGUAAUUUGAUGACUGUUAUAGUUUACUGCUGCACUUUUUCUCUUGAAUAUAAGCAGUUGCCUCUGAAUUAUCAGUUGUUUGUGAAUUUUGUUUAGUUUAAACAUACCUCUUUUACCACCAAGGGUGUGGUGGGAUGGAUGGAAUCUCGUCAUUCUUAACUAUAGGUCUCGGGUUUGAGUUCCUGGGAAUGGAGAAACUGCUGGUCGGGAGAGCUUUCCCUUUUAAUGGUCCUACGUGGUACCCGAAUCUGGAUUAGUCGGGCAAAUCAGAGGAUAAUUCUGUGUAGUUUUGAUUCUAAAAUGGCUAAAGAUAAUGGCAAUGCUGAAUCAAAUCAUCGAAGAGCUGGUCUCUUAAAGGACCAGGUUCGACUAGUUAAGAGAAAGAAUUGUGAUCGAUAUGAGAUUGUCUCGAUACCUGAUAAUUUGUCAUUUGAGAAAGGAUUCUUUGUUGUAAUCCGUGCAUGCCAAUUGUUGGUUCAAAAGAAUGAAGGAUUGAUUAUAAUUGGAGUAGCUGGUCCCUCUGGAGCUGGAAAGACUGUAUUUACUGAGAAAAUACUCAGCUUCAUGCCAAGUGUUGCGGUUAUUUCAAUGGAUAACUACAAUGACGCUAGUCGAAUAGUUGAUGGCAACUUUGAUGAUCCACGACUAACAGACUAUGAUACGCUGCUAAAAAACAUCAAUGAUCUAAAGGCUGGGAAGCCGGCUGAGGUUCCAAUAUACGAUUUCAAAUCUAGCUCUCGUGUAGGCUACAGGACUCUUGAAGUACCUAGUUCCCGCAUUUUGAUUAUUGAGGGUAUCUAUGCCUUGAGUGAAAAGUUGCGUCCUUUGUUGGACCUUCGCGUAUCUGUGACAGGUGGAGUUCACUUUGAUCUUGUAAAAAGGGUUUUACGUGAUAUACAACGUGCCGGGCAGGAGCCAUCAGAGAUAAUCCAUCAAAUAUCUGAAACGGUUUAUCCAAUGUACAAGGCUUUUAUUGAACCUGAUCUCAAGACUGCACAUAUAAAAAUUAUCAACAAAUUUAAUCCGUUUACUGGAUUUCAGAGUCCUACAUACAUUCUAAAGUCUUCUAGGAAUGUGAAUGUAGAUCAAAUCAAGUCUGCCCUAUCUGAAGAACACACUGAAAGUACGGAGGAAACUUACGACAUAUACCUUCUGCCACCUGGUGAAGAUCCAGAGACUUGCCAAUCAUAUCUGAGGAUGCGAAAUAAAGAUGGAAAAUACAGUCUCAUGUUUGAGGAGUGGGUCACUGAUUCUCCAUUUGUCAUAUCACCAAGAAUCAGUUUUGAGGUUAGCGUGAAGCUUCUUGGUGGAUUGAUGGCUUUGGGAUACACAAUUGCGGCAAUACUCAAAAGAAGCAGUCACGUGUUUUCUGAUGAAAAGGUCUGCGUGAAAAUUGAUUGGCUAGAACAACUGAACCGCCAUUAUGUUCAGGUACAAGGAAGAGAUCGCCUUAUUGUAAAAUCUGUUGCUGAUCAGCUGGGACUGGAGGGUUCAUACACUCCACGUACAUAUAUUGAGCAAAUACAACUAGAGAAGCUGGUGAAUGAAGUUAUGGCACUCCCAGAUGAUUUGAAAACAAAGCUUAGCUUAGAUGAAGAUCUUGUCUCCAGCCCGAAAGAAGCUCUCUCUCGAGCCUCAGCAGAGAGAGUAGCAUGGAGAAAUAAGAAUUUCAGAGGUGGAUUGUCACAUUCAUACGCAAAUCACAGGGAGAAAAAUCUAUCCAAGAUAGAUACUGAUAGUCGGAGGUUUGAUGACAGAAACACUGAUUCAGCAACAACAUUAGCAAACCAGGGAGCUGUUACACAUUUAUCGGAACAAAUUUCUACCUUGAAUGAUCGGAUGGAUGACUUUACAUAUAGAAUGGAAGAACUUAAUUCCAAGUUAAGCAGCAAAAGAGCUUCUCCGAGCACUCAAAAUCUGGCUUUGCAAGCUGAAGCUUGUAAUGGAUCCGGCCCAACUUCUUACUUCAUAUCUGGCUUAGAAAAUGGUUCCUUGACAGGAUCGAUUAUGCCAAACUCCUCAUCAUCUUCUUCGCUAAUUCCAAAGGAGUCCACGCUGAUGGAAGAGCUAUCUAAUGUUGCACGUGGACAACGUCAAAUUAUACAUCAGUUGGACAAUCUUAGCAAUCUUCUUCGCGACAGGCUAGGAGAACAAUCACGGCAAUCAAAAACAAGCAAGAGAAGAGAUAUUAGGGAUAUUGAUUCGAUCAGAGUACCUCUCGUUGUGACCUUAGCAGUUGGUGGAUUGGGAUUCUUUCUGUUUAAGAGCUUACAAAACAGAAACUGAUUCUUCUUCCUAAUGUGAAACUGUGCAUCAUUGCUCCUAUAGACAAUUUUUAUUUCAUAAGCCCCAUGCUAGUAUUUUGCUUAUGGUACCCUUCGAUCGGGAUACACUAGUGUUCAUGGAUCAGACUGAUCUGUGUAUUGGGGCAAGAAAGGCAAAUUAAUGCUUUCUAUUUCCCAGUGAGUUUUGUUUAAAGAAGGGGAUGAAUCUUGGCAAGUUUUGUUAUACUUGUGGGGUUGCUUUGAUUAAAUAUGUUCUUCAAAAGUUCAAUAGGAGUUGGUCUAUGUGAGGAAACAUUUUUUGGGCCUUAUUGUACAUCUUGUAUGUGCAUAAAAAAUAACACCUUGGUAUCUGA